UAGAUUUUUUUAUUAAGAAAAUUUUAGUUUUUUUAACCUUAACAUUCCCAGAAGGCAAUGUAUUUGACCAGAUGCUGAGGUUUUACUUUCACGUAAAGAAAAUAAAAUGUGUAGAGAAAAUGUCUUCCCUGUGCUAUAAUUUAUUUCCCCAGUAGGUGACGCUGUCGGCUCACAUGCAGCAUAUCCAUGCCAUGGGAGGCACACGUUGACUCCAGCCUAACGACUCCCCGUCUCGUCAUCAUUUGUAACCAUAGAGCAUGAAUUACCUCUUGAAGUCAUCAGUGAGAAUUUACGACUGGUCAACAAAAGCACGUGAUUCCCAAACGCACCCCCACCCCCAUAUUUGGCCGCAUACAUAGCAAAAACGAAGUACAGUGCAUUGCUAUAAUUCAUUAAUACAUCAUAAAUCGUGAAGCACAGCGUUAUAACGACCAAGAUCUACAAAUCAAGCCCUCUAAAACAACCUAAAUGAGCUCUUACUUUGUAAACUCGUUCUCAGGGCGCUACCCAAAUGGCCCCGACUAUCAGUUACUAAAUUAUGGAACUAGCAGCAGCGCUAUGAACGCUUCGUACAGGGACUCCGGCACCAUGCAUUCAGGCUCUUACGGCUACAACUACAAUGGGAUGGACCUAACCGUCAAUCGUUCAACCAACACGGGCCAUUUCGGGGCUGUUGGGGACAACUCCCGCGGCUUCCAGUCUCCAGCGCCGGAGACGCGAUUCCGGCAGCCGUCAAGCUGCUCUCUCGCGUCUCCGGAACCGCUGCCCUGCUCCAACAGCGAAAGCCUGGGACCCAAAGGCACUUCGCCCCCCUCCGACCAAAGCGUCUCCGCUGCGGGUAGUAACCUUACCAACAGCACACAUUUCACAGAAAUCGACGAGGCCAGUGCUUCAUCCGAGACCGAGGAAAGCUCCCACAGAGCGGCCAACACAGCUCCCCGGACGCAACAGAAGCAAGAGUCUACGGCAACCUCCACCACUCCUGCGACUACGGAUGGCCAAGCACCACAGAUAUUUCCCUGGAUGCGGAAACUACAUAUUAGUCAUGAUAUGACUGGACCAGACGGCAAAAGGGCCCGAACUGCCUAUACCCGCUAUCAGACGCUAGAGCUGGAAAAAGAGUUCCAUUUCAAUAGGUAUCUCACCCGGAGGAGGAGGAUAGAGAUAGCCCAUGCUCUAUGCCUCUCAGAACGACAGAUUAAGAUCUGGUUCCAAAAUCGGCGGAUGAAAUGGAAAAAGGACAAUAAGUUGAAGAGCAUGAGCCUGGCUACCGCAGGUAGCGCUUUUCAGCCAUAGUGGUAACGCAAACCCUACUCUAAGUGUUGUGCAAAUGAAAUCAGCAGGAAAAUUAGAAGAAAAUAGAUUUCAAUACACUACAAAGAGUACUGUAAAAGCGGCACCUUUCGGCAUGUUGUUUGAUGUUUAAAGCAACUUAAUCUUCUACUGUGGUACUGCUAAAAUUAAAAGGAAGUUAGUGUGCAUAGCCUGUUCUUUUAAUACUAUGAUUAUUAUUUGGGGGGGGGGGGGGGGGGGGGGGGGGUAGAAAAAUCUAAAAUGCCGCCAGUUGUCCUUGUUAUGAAUAUUGUUUGUGCAAGUGCUAUGUUAAUGCUUUCUUGAGAGUUAGCAUGUGAGCUCUUAAAUGUUAUAACUUAUUUACUACCUAUAAACGUAUAUACCUUUGAGUUUACAGCUUAGAGAAGCCUCUGCCCAAAUAUGAAGUGAAGCUCUAGUUUAGUGGUGACUGCAGCAAGUUCAGCAGAAGCCUAAAUGUGUUCAUUGGUCCUAUAUGUUUUAACGUCAUUGUCUGGAUAAAUUCAUCGAACCUUUUUAAUGUGUUCAAGUUCUUCAAUGAUUAUAUAUUUUUUGUUUUUGAAAAGGGGAAAUAAUGUAAAUAGUUCUCAUUCGAUUCCUGUAUCCGGUCAUACGUGUGUAUAGUUAUAUUCGAAAAAUGUAAUUGUAUAUUACUGAAUCAUGUUUAUGUUCCCCUCAAAAACGUUGUACAUACUGAACAUUUUUAUUGUGACUAGUUGGCUAUUUGUAGUAGGCAGAGUUAAUGGCAAACGUGUAUGGAAAGCGACAAAAGCUAUUGUCAUGUUGAACUGCCUGUAAGCAUUUGCCAAUAAGCUUUUUGUAUUUGUUUGUAGCUUAACUUGGAGUAAAAAAUAAAGUUCCCCAUAUUCAGAUCCAA